UUACAUGCGCAUGCUCAAUUGUCAGAAAACGUAUCACGUGAUGACGCGAGUUUAUAAACCGUGACCGUAACCAGCCGGUCUUUACAAUCAUUGUGACAGUCUACAAACGUGAACCUUGUGUUGAGCAUCAUUUCAUCAUAACUUUUUUUUAUCAUAAAAAAUAUAUUGAUAAUUUGAUAUCUUGAGAUAAAUAAAUAGUGUCAUUUAAUAGUUGUCAAAUUUAUUUAGCAAUUAUUAUUUAUUUACUUUCAUUUAUAAAUUUAAUAUAUUUUCACAUUUGUGGAAAUUUCUAUUGGAAAUUUCUAUUGUAACACACACACACACAUAGAUAUUGUUUGUUGAUAUUUGUGUCAAAACCUCGUGUCUGGAUUUUGGCAAUAAUUAUUGUCAAUUAAUUUUUUUAAUUUUUUAUAAAUUUAUAUUUUUGACAAAGGGCUGAAGAGCUCUUUGCCACACACAAAAGUUUAAACAAGUGGUCAAAACGAGCGGGAGCAGACUUUACUCGGAUCUUAAUUUUUCGGAUCUUAAUUUCCGAUAAAUACCCCCCCGCAAUGGCCGGCAGAGACGAUUGGGAUUACAUGAGAAAUGGUCCUGAUACGUGGGUGGAUAAAUUCCCGAUGGCGGCAGGUUCUAGACAGAGUCCAGUUAACAUUGAGACUGAUCGAGCUGAAUCUGAUCAUGAAUCUCUCAGUACAAAACCACUGAGAUGGAAGUAUCCAGCUUAUGCUUCAAGAAAAUUGGUCAAUCCAGGCUACUGUUGGCGUAUUGAUUGUGAUGGUGAAGGAACAUUUUUAAGUGGUGGACCAUUGAUGGAUGAUAUUUACAAACUUGAGCAGUAUCAUUGUCACUGGGGUUGUAGUGAUUCACGUGGUUCUGAACAUACGGUUGAUGGACAAGCUUUCGCUGGCGAGUUGCAUCUUGUUCACUGGAACACAACCAAGUAUCGUACAUUCGCUGAAGCUGCCAAGGCACCUGAUGGUCUUGCUGUUCUCGGCGUUUUUCUCAAGGUGGGAAAAACACAUGAAGAAAUGGAAAAGAUUGCUCGAAUGUUGCCUUAUGUCUCUCACAAGGACGAAGUAGUCGAUAUUGUUGAUCCAAUCGAUCCAAGUAAACUUCUUCCUGAUGAUAAUGGAUACUGGACUUACCUUGGAUCAUUGACAACACCACCAUGCAAUGAAAGUGUAACUUGGGUACUUUUUAAAAAAUUCAUUGAAGUAUCACAUCAUCAACUCAAUAUAUUUCGUAAUUUGAGAAAAUUUCCAAGAGGUGAAGAGUGUCCAUGUCAUGAAAACCAUGGAGCGGUUAUUAACAACUUUCGUCCACCUCUUCCACUUGGAAAUCGCCAACUUCGCGAGUGUGGAAGUUUCUAAGUAUCUUUCGAUGAUGAAUCUGCAGCCAAUCAACGGUUUAUAACGAAAUGGGAAUUUCUUUUGUCGGCUAUUACGGGGGGGUUAAGACGGGAGGAGGGAGAGUGAUUUUUUUUUUUUCAAUAAAAUAAAAUCAAUCAGGAUUCAAUUUUCUACUAAUAAUAUACAAAAAUUAAAAAUAAAAACUAAAUUAUUUAGAACAGCAUAGAUUUUCAAAGAUUAAUUUAACAAUUAAAAUUAAUUUUUAUUCAUUAUUGAAAUGUGAUUGUUAAAUUUAGUAUGAAAAAUUUUUACAAUAAAAUAUCAAUUGAUUAUUUAAAAAAAAUUUAUAAUAAUAUUAAUAAUAAUUUUUAAAAAAUUUAUAAAAUCACAAUCCGUCCUCCGAAUAAGUUAUGAUUAAAAUUUUGAAAAACAUUUAAAAUUCAAUGCCUUAAAAUUAAAUAAUAACAAUAAAAUUUUUUUACGGAGGUUUUUAAUAUUAUUAAA